AAAAUGAAGAAAGAACCUCCCAGUUUGGAGUUUUUGAGUUUCCUGUUUUUCAGAGACAAAAAAUUCUUUAGUUGUAGGUACGGGAUAGUUUAACUACAUAGUGCUUCUCUGAGCACAUUUGUUAUAGAACUGCAGCCGUUUUGUAAGCAGGGCGACGUGCCUCGAUAAAUCAACCAGCAGGGACAAAUUUAAUUUCAAGGAGAAAUAUUGCUGCUUGAGAGAGGAGAUACCAAAGCCUUUAGGGACCAGAGGAGGUGCGGUGGAGAGAGAGACAAAGUGAGAAAGUGUGUUAACAAGGACAUCACAGCCAUGGAGGAGAGAGAAAACUACACCAGCCUACAGGAGCUCACGGACCAGUCUACAACUGAAGGGAACAGGCCCAUUCUGGAACACAGCAACGGCUCCCAGGGACUGAAGCGGGGUGUUGAGUGUUUGAGGAGUCAGACUGUUCUCCUGAUGGUUAUUGGCUUUUUGGCCUCCAUCUGCGCCAACAUCGUACUGACUGUGCUCUUGAUUGGCAAGCCGGUGCCAGGUGCAGCUGUAGACUCUUCACCUCUGGGUUUGAAAUUAACCUCAAUGCGCAGACGUUACAUCCAGCUAUGCGAGGACUACACCGCCCUGGGACAGGACUGUUCAAAGACAGUUAAGCAGUGCAGGGAGUGUCCCGAUGGAUGGAUUCAUGUCGGAGAUCAGUGUUACAGCUUCAGCGGGGACAAGCAGGACUGGCUGAAGAGCAGAGACAGCUGUGAAGAGAUGGGCAGCCAUCUUGCCAUCUUGCACACUAUGGAGGCGCAUGACGCUCUGGAAAAAGAAGCCAAGAAAAUUGGAGGAUUUGAUUACCACUUCUGGAUUGGCCUGUCUGACAUAGAGACGGAAGGAGAUUGGAGAUGGGUGGACAACACAACAUUGCAACAUAAAUAUUGGGAUCAGUGGAGCUCAGAGCCAAAUAACCACCAGUCAGGAGGCGAACACGGAGAAGACUGUGCCGUCUUAGACAGCCACGCAAAGACAUGGUUUGAUGUUCCUUGUGAACACAUUUAUAAACGGAUCUGCCAGAUGGACACCAUCCAGCUCAACUGAUAAUACUACACAGGUGGAAAGUCUGGAAACUACACAGGGUUAUGACAGAAAACAUAACAUGGUAAAAUGUUUGGGAUUACAGAAAGGUAAUUCUUGUGACAUACAACAUAUGCAGAGGAGAUAUUGAUGCUAAAUGCCGUGUAUGUGUUGAUUUAUCGCUUAUUGGAAGAAAUAGGAAGUACUAAUACAAGUCCUGUGAUGGACAGCCAUCGAGAAGUAUGUACGUUUCAUAAAUCUAAAAGGAAAAAAACAAAACAAAAGAUGCAUUGUAGUAUUGCACUGAUAUCAAGUUUUUGUGUGUCCAAUUAUGAUUCAUUUUUUCAUUUACUUGAUUAUUUUUUUCUUAUUGCAAUGCCAUGAAUGCUGUGACUGUGUCCGAGAAGUUUGGGCAUAAAUAUUGUAACUGUGUAGACUCACAACUUAAAACUGAGCUGCAAAUAAUUCAGAAAUGUAUUAGUAAAUUUUA